AAUGUAAACAUUAAGUAUCUAUGUGUCUAUGUAACCAAUAUAUAUAUUUGGUUACGUUUAGUUCUCCAGUUUCCUAGACUCCAGUACGACAAAAAUUAUCUCUUAAAUGCCCUGCAUCUUUUGCUAUUGUCUAAUAGUCUGUUUAUAUCAAAGUAUCUUCCUGUAAAUCGUUCUGAACCACAGGCCAUCAAGGCCUUUCCUGCCCUCGUAGGUGGUCUGGAAAGACUGCUGCAUGAAGUCAUCCAUCUCCUGAUGCACGCCGGCAGCAGCAGUAGCAAGUUUUGGAAGGCUGACAGAAGAUGCUAACUGUUGUUUAUCUGUUUUCUCUGUAGAAUGUCCUAACCAAGGGAAGUCAGGCCUCCAUGGAAUUCAUGUUUAAUUGCAAUACUUUGGGUACCUUUUUUUUUUUUUGGUAAAACGUUUGAUAGUGUUGAUAUAGUCCCUAGGCAUUAAGAAAUGAAGCAGUCCAGAUAACAUGACAGUUGUGCAAAAAAGACAGUGUUAAUAAACCCACUUGUGGAAGCAAGGCAGGUCUACACAGCAUGAUGAAAAAAUGAAAGGUUGGCAACAUUUUAGUAAAUUGAUCAACAUGAAAUGCCAAGCAUGUAAAUACGUGAGGAUGGCAUAUCCAGAUUGGCUAUGAGCAUUGAUGAAAUUAAACAAACAACCAACUCUGCACUUAAGGAUUUGCUAUGAAGAUAAAAGACUUAGUGCUUUGCAGAGAUAAUCUUCCUGUUGGACAGACCUGAAUGUUCUCAGCAGUUGAGCUAGAAUGGAACAAAAGGGACAUGAACAAUUACAGAUCACUUCCCUGGGGGAGCAUUAAUGGCCUUGCUAUUUUCUUCUCAGUAUUAACUAGUCACUUGGACCUCUUAGAAUGGUUUUGCCAUUUCAGGAUUACUAUUUAAGAAAUCACAUUGAACAGAGGCAACAUUUUUUUGAAGUUCUAAUUUCAGGUGUUUUUGGAAAAAAAUCCACAAUUUGGAUGUGAGAAAGGACAUGAGGAGACCAAAGACCUGGGAUUUUGCUGAUCAGAAUGAAACAAACGUUGAAAGACUUUUCCAAUCUACUGUUGGUGGUGCUCUGUGACUACGUUCUUGGAGAAGCUGAGUAUCUCCUGUUGGGGGAGCCGGGCCAUGUAGCGCUAAGCAACAGCACCGUGACUGUGGAUUUCCAGUAUUUCGACGGAACCAACGGGACGCUGAGGAAUGUCUCUGUCCUGCUGUUGGAGGCCAACACCAAUCAGACUCUUACCACCAAAUACCUCCUGACCAACCAGUCCCAGGGGACGCUCGAGUUUGAGUGCUUCUACUUCAGGGAGGCUGGCGACUACUGGUUCACGAUGUCUCCAGAAGCGACAAACAGCAGCGCUCCGGCCCCUCGCUGGGAGAGGAGCGCCUUUCUGAAGGUGGAAUGGCCCGACUUCCACGUCCACCUCAACAGGACCUCCAGGGCUGCAGAAGGCACCUUUCAGGUGGGCCUGUUCACCAGUCAGCCACUGUGCCCGUUCCCUGUGGACAAGCCCGACAUCGUGGUGGAUGUCAUCUUCACCAACAGCCUUCCCGAGGCCAGCACGAGCCAGGGCCAGCCCCUGGAGAUACGAGCCAGCAAGAGGGCAGAGCUCUCGCAAGGCCAGUGGCUGGAGUUUGGCUGCGCGCCUGUGGGGCCGGAAGCCUAUGUCACCGUGGUGCUGAAGCUGCUUGGCCGAGACUCGGUCAUUAGCUCCACAGGCCCCAUUGACCUGGCCCAGAAAUUUGGAUACAAACUGGUGAUGGCGCCAGAACUCACGUGUGAGUCCAGGGUGGAGGUCAUGGUGCUGCCCCCGCCCUGCAUCUUCGUCCAGGGGGUCGUCGCCGUCUACAAGGAAGCCCCCAGACGCCCUGGGGAAGGGACCCCUCGCCUGGCUGAAAACAGCCUGAGCCUGGGAGAGAGGAGAACAGUAUUCAACUGCACUUUGUUUGACGUGGGGAGGCACAAAUACUGCUUUGACUUUGGCGUUUCAAGCAGAAGCCCGUUUUCUGCAAAGGAGAAGGAGUGCAUGCUAAUUCAGAGAACUAUAGAAACUUGGGGACUGUGGCAGCCGUGGAGCCAGUGUAGCGCCUCCUGUGGGGACGGUGUCAGAGAGCGUCGCCGCCUGUGCCUGAGCUCCUUCCCCUCCCGCCCUGGCUGCCCCGGAGUGUCCUCGGAGGCCUCCCCGUGUUCCCUGGAGGACUGCGCUGCUUUCCAGACAUCCAGCCCGUCUCCUCUCCAGCCCCAGGGUCCGGCGAAGUCCAACAACAUCGUCACGGUCACUGGGAUAUCCCUGUGCCUGUUCAUCAUUGUGGCCACCGUGCUCAUCACGCUGUGGCGGAAGCUGGGCCGCUCCCCAACGUGCAGCACCCCCGCCCGGCCCAACUCCCUCCACGGUCCCGGCUGCCGGAAGAACUCGGACGAGGAGAACAUCUGCGAGCUGGGCGAGCCGCGCGGCAGCUUCUCGGACGCAGGGGACGGGCCGGCGGGGAGCCCCGGGAGCCCCGGGGACCUGGGCAUCCCGCUGACCUACCGGCGGAGCGCGCCGGCGGCCCCGGACGAGGACGCCUCGGGCAGCGAGAGCUUCCAGUCCACCGCCCAGAAGAUCAUCCCGCCCCUGUUCAGCUACCGCCUGGCCCAGCAGCAGCUGAAGGAGAUGAAGAAGAAAGGCCUGACGGAGACCACCAAGGUGUACCACGUGUCCCAGAGUCCCCUGACGGACACCGCCAUCGACGCCGCCGCCGCCGCCGCGGCCGCCGCCCCCCGGGACCCGGAGGUCCCUGAGGACGCCGCGGCCGCCAAGUUCCGGAUCAAGGCCCCGUUUCUGGAGCAGCCGCCCGCGCCGGGCGCCGGGGACCGGCCGCCCUCCCGGCUGGAGCUCCCGCUCGUGCAGGCGGCCGUCAGCCCCAGCCAGACCGUUAUCCGCAAGUCGCAGGCGAGGCACGCGGGUGGCAGGGGGGCGCCGCCGGACAGGGGCCACCCCCGGGGAUCCCACUUCCGGAGAACAGCGAGUUUCCACGAAGCCAAGCAGGCCCGGCCGUUCCGGGAGCGGAGCCUGUCCGCCUUGAUCCCCCGGCAGGCCCCCGCCUACGCCUCCAGGACCCGGACCUGGGAUCAGGCGGAAGACCGAGUCCGGCCGCAGAGUCGAGGCGCUGCCCCGUUUCCAGAGAAACCCGACCAUUGCCAAGGGGCAGGUGGGAGCAGCGGUCUGCUGAGCCCUCUGCCCAAACCCCACGCCUCGGGGCAGCCGACCAGGAAACCAGACCUGGGGGAUCGCCAGGUAGGAUUCGUGGCAGGAGGUGAGAGAACAGAGCCCCACCGGGCUCGGAGGGGACCAUCCCCCAGUCACAGAAGUGUCUCAAGGAAGCAGCCAUCCCCCACGGCCCCCAAAGAGAGCUACCAGAGGGUCAGCCCCCUGAGCCCUUCCCAGAGUAGAAAAGACAAGUGUCAGAGCUUUCCCACCCACCCCGAGUUCGCCUUCUAUGACAAUACGUCAUUUGGCCUCACUGAGUCCGAGCAGAGGAUGCUGGACCUGCCAGGAUAUUUUGGGUCAAAUGAAGAGGAUGAAACCACAAGCACGCUGAGUGUGGAGAAGCUGGUCAUCUAGAGACAGAUCAGCCCGAGACUUCACACAACUGGGGUCCUUUGGCCAGCUCCGAGUAUCAGCCGCUUCCACUGUUCCGUGGACUGUGAGUGUAACUGUACAGCAGGACAGAAUGAGUGGUAACUCACUCGAGUGUGGGGUGUGGUUUUAUUCAUAAGGAAGAAAUUAUUUAUCUUGAACUUUUCCCUGUGUUACCCCGUUUCUAUUGGCUUAUCUCUAAUAACUAUGAUAAUAAAAUUUAAACAAGAGUAGAAAA